GAGAGAAGGACGAUUCGUCUCUGCAACGCUGCAAGGACAGGGUGAACAUCACCAGGACGGAGCUCUCUCCAAAACACACACACACACACCAUGAACACCAAACCAAUCACUGCACUGGACUGACAGCUGUCAAUCCACUGGAGCAGAUUAUCAGGAUCCAGAGAUUACAACGGAGGACUUAAGCGGAGUAAUUCCAACUUAUGUUUGCUUAGAACUUGCUAUUCGAGGGUGGAAAAUUGGCCAUUUUUUGAUGCCUUUCAACCUGCAUUUGUCACGUGCGUGUGUGUGCUUUAGGGGAAGCGUGUAUGACACUGUCUUGCUGUAAAUCAGGGUCACGGUCUUGCUGACUCUCAUCCAUCAGCGCUAAGUAGCUUCAUUAGUGCUUCAGUUAGUGUUUAUUUCACCUCUCCGCCACCAAAAACCAUGAGCGAGGGCAAGAAGGAGUUGGAGAUGAGGGACAAAGCCAUCAUGCAUCAGCAGAGGAGACUUAAACAAGCCACUCAAUUCACUCACAAGGACUCGGCUGAUCUUCUGCCUCUGGACGGGCUCAAGAGAUUGGGCACUUCCAAAGACCUGCAACCCCACAGCAUCGUGCAGCGACGCCUUUUAGAGGGCAACAUCCCCCGUCUGCGUGGAGAGACUCGGGACAUCCCGUCUCAUGUCCGCUCGCCCCUGGCAGACAGCAAAGAGCCUGGAGAGCCCGAGGAGAGGAGCGAGAGCACGGUGGACGACUCCACAGAGGAGCGCGAGUCUCCAGAAGAGAGUGAAAAGAGCCUGAGGUCUGAUGAGGAUGGGGAUGAUGAAGAUGAAGGAGACAGCAGUGACGCAGGAGGAAAGUCUGACUCCAAACAGAAAGAGCAGAGGAAGAAAGAGCUCAAGGAGGGAGAAAGAGCAGCCAGUCUCUCAGCUCUUGUGGUCCAGUGUAAGUGUGGAGAUGCAGAGGUGAUGCUAUCCAUAAACACAGGAUGCCAACACAACCACAUCUCAAAAACAUGCUGCAGACGACUGGGACUGAAAACAAAGCUAGAAGAUAAAGGUCGAGACAAGCAGCCAGUCAGUGAAUCUUCUCCAGUGGAGACGGUGAAGUCUCUACAGCUGCAGCUGGGCAGAGAGAGAGUGCAAUGCACUGCCUGGGUCAUCGAGGACGCCACGUUUGAGGUGUGUUUGGGCCUACAGACUCUGCUGGAACUCAAAUGCUGUGUGGAUCUGAACUCCAGAGUGCUCCGACUCCACAGCCCAGAGCAGGAGCUUCCCUUCCUGGACGCACCUGCCUGCAGCCAGUGCCAUCACCACGACAACAACAAAAACAUGUGACCUCCGACCUCUGUGCCCAACAACCGCCAUGACCCAUGUCAUUAGAGAGGAAGACGACUAAAAGGACGCCUGCAUCUGGACUGUAGUGUUCCCUCGUGCCAGAUCAACAUACACAGGCCUCUCCUCUCUCAUCUUUCCUUCUUUAUUCUUCGUCGUUUGUUUCUGUGCGACUUACAGAAAUCUGCCAACUAUGAUUUUUUUAUUAUUAUUAUUAUUUGCUGUGCUGAAUUAGUUUGGAUUAAAUGUAAUAAAGCUCAGGAGGAGGAAGAUUGUGUUCUGACAUUCUGAAAUUGCCUUUAUCGAGAGGUAUGCAGUUAAUGGAUAUCGAUGAGUAAUAUUCUCUAACUGGUGAUUUUAACUAUAUAAUGAGUCAAAUAUAUUCUUGUACGUUACUGUAACCGAGAGUUUAAGAGAAGCUGCACACUUUCUGAGAUUUUGAACAAUAACCAAACCUGAUUUUAUACUUUCACGUGUGUCAAAACGUAACAAAUCAGAAACUUUCCUCAAAUUUAGAUAGAAAUUUUACCCGAAACUGCCUUUUACUUAAUAAAGUCUGUGUUUUUCUGCCCUUAUUUCUCUUUAGAAGGCCAAAUCUGCCCUCAGAUGAUAAGAAGGACUCCAGCCAGACUAAUCAAAUGUUAAUUGAGCCCUUGGGCUCCA